AUGUCGUAUUUAGGUAAUUUGCCUGUUUUCGAUCACAGAACAAGUGAAUGGUCAAUAUUUUAUGGGAAAUUAACACAGUUCCUAAGGAUAAAUAAUGUGACAAAAGAAGAAAUUAAGAGUGGUAUCCUGCUUACUCGUCUCACCGAUGAAACCUACCGCUUAGUACGUAACUUAGCGUACCCUAAAACGGUGGAAUCGUUAACUUACAACGAGCUAGUUCAAAUACUCAACAGCCAUUUCAAACCAAAGCAGUGCUCCUUCGUAGAUAAGGCCAACUUUUUUGGAGCGACUAGAAGUCCAGGAGAAUCACUGGGAGACGCGAUUAAGAGGACUAGCAAGCUAUUGCGAAUUCGGUGA